AAGCAAAACAUAGUCACAGGCUCAUUUUAUGCUAACUUGCUGACACGAUUUCUGCAUUAGUAGAAGCGUGUCAAUAGAAUGUAUAUUGGACUCAACAGUCACAAAACACUCUGCGACAUCAAAACGAUAUUUUGGAUAAUGCCCAUUCAACAUAAUAAGUUGAUUAAUAGUAAAUUGAUCAUCUUCACCUCAACUUAUCAACAACUCUCUUAUCCAGCAUUCUGAAUCAAGAGCUGUACAAGACCUGUCAUACCAAUACCAGUUAAAGGAAGAAGGUUUCAAAAGUUUGCAGUUGUAAAAAAAACAAGAUGGGGGACAAUAACAGCAGUGAUGAAGAAAUUUUGAUGUUUCCUAUCACUGAUCUUGAUGGAGGUAAUACUUCACCUUCAGAAAGAGAGACUGAGAGUGACAAUGAAAAUAUGAACAGACAAAACAAGAAAAAUCUUGAGAAACCAAAGGCAUUAAUGACAUUACGUCAAAGAAGAUUACUGAAAUCUUAUCAAGACAGCAAUGUCAGAUAUAAGUUACCAUCUUCAUUGCGACCAUUGACAAAUAAUGUUAAUAAAAUACACUGGUUGAACGCUAUAAGGAAAUCAAAAAGUUUGAGUGAUCCAUGGGAGAAAUUUCAUAUUGAUCAUUAUAAAGUUGAGAAUUGUGUUAGACAUCGAUACAAUGCUUUGAAGAAAUCUUGGAGCAAAGAUACAGUCAAAGUGAAGAUUGAACCAGAGUCGUUUACAAGAGGUGCUAUGAGACAGUGUUAUAGAAUGAAGAAAUUGUCCAAUUUUACCAAGUCUGAUGAUUGGACUCAUGCUGGAAAUUAUGUUGCCAAGUCUUAUAUUGAAGAUGUUGAGAGGGACACUUAUUUUGAAGAUGUCAAAUUACAAAUGGAUGCUAAACUGUGGGGGGAAGAAUACAACAGACACAAUCCCCCGAAGAAGGUAGACAUUUUCCAGAUGUACAUAUUGGAAUUUAAAGAAAGAGAGGGUUCACCAUUGUUUCAUUUAGAACAUUUUAUAGAAGGACAUUACAUCAAGUAUAAUUCCAACUCUGGUUUUGUUGAAGAAAGUGUCAGAUUAACUCCACAGGCAUUCAGCCAUUUUACCUUUGAAAGAUCUGGUCAUCAGUUGAUAGUUGUUGAUAUACAAGGUGUUGGAGAUCUGUACACUGAUCCACAAAUACAUACUGUAGAAGGUACUGAAUAUGGUAGUGGUAACCUGGGCUGUAAAGGCAUGGCAUUGUUCUUCCAUUCACAUACAUGUAAUACUAUCUGUGAGGGGUUAAAUCUCUCUAAUUUUGAUUUGUCUGAGAAUGAGAUAGCAACACAUACAGAAUUCCUGAAUAAACAGAGAAACUUUGCUACAACACGUAUCAGAGGAUCAGAAGAGAUGUGUACAAGUAUUAGUUGUUCACCUAAAGAACGUGUAGAUAUAACACAUCUAUUGGCACGACAACAUUCAUAUGCAUCUAAUAACAGUGGAAGUGGCAGUCCUAUGUCACCUACAGUAGAAGAAGAUGAUGAGAGCUCGGUAUUUAUUGGUAGUCCUAGAACUAGACGACUUAGAUAUGUUAGUGAAUCAGACAGUAUGUCCAUGACUGAGGAGGAAGAUAGGAUAGCCUUCUCCAGAGCACAAGCUGCUAAAGCCAGACCAUCUUGUGUAGCACAUGAACUUGGUUUAAGACGAACAGCUUUAUUAAGUAUUGGUGAUUCUAUUCUUGGAAAGAUUCAUCAUGAAAUGGCUAAAUAUCAUGAAAUAGGAAGAUUUUCUGUUGAUCCUGAAGUAAUAGACUGGCCUUCAGCAUUAUACCAUGAAGAACAUGCAGCACAGUUAGGUGUAUUGGAGGCUAUAUUAACUAUGGCAAGGUUAUAUCUUGGUUUACAGAGAGAUGUCUUAGUGAAUGCUGAAGUUGAGCAAUCAACAGAAAAUACCAAUAUAGGACUUGAUUUUAUGGGACAAGCAGCUCAGGCUGGUGAUAGAUUUGCCAUGUUAUAUUUAGCCAGGGCUUAUGAAACAGGAGAUAACCUUGGAACUUUAAGAUCAAUGUGCUGGGAAGAUGCUGCUCACUGGUAUCAAGAGGCUCUGGAAACAGAAGAUAAUGAUGAAAGUGGUGAAUAUGAUUCUACCAUGAAUGAUCCACCAUAUAGUAUUCAAGCUAAACUAGCAGAGCUCUAUAAACAAGGUGGUCAUGAAUUAGAUAAGGAUCCACAGAAAUCAGGAGAUCUAUAUAAUGAAGCAGCAGAAGGAGCAAUGGCUGCUAUGAAAGGAAGAUUAGCUAAUAAAUAUUUUAUGUUAGCUGAAGAGGCUUAUGCUGAAGUUGAGGAGGAGGAAUAAUGUGUAUAAUCUAUAUAUAAUACCAUAGUUAAACCAUCAAUAUUUAACCACUUACAGUACAUUAGAUAUACCAUCCAAAUUUAAUAAAACCAUAGUAAAGCUAAACCUUUAUUGGUUUCAAGUAUAGAAAUUUUACCCUAAUUAUCAUGACACAUAAACAGAUCAAUAACCGUAUAAAAUAAUGUAAUAUUCAAAUUAAGUAUUAGUCUCAGACUCUAUUACCAUAAUGUGUAUAAUAUCAGUAAUUUGUUUUUGUUUUUAUUUUCUCAUUUUUGAUAUGAUAUCCUUUGAUAAUUUUGUAUUGUUGCAUCAUUUGAAACAGGUAGUUUUGUCUGUAAGUCAAUUUUAUUUAUUCUGAGUGAACCAGAGUGCAUUACAUACAGUUUUUAUGUUUUUUUGAUGUUGUUUUGAUGUUGUUUUUUGGGUGAUGUUGGUGUUUUGAUUAUUGAUAAUUGUUAUAGU